CUAGGAUUGAACAACAACUGAACGUCCACUCCAGCUGCUACUCAAGUGAAGUAUAGUCUGAGCUGUUCGGAUUCAAUACGCAUACAACAUUUUUGUUAACGGAACUGUUUUUGUGGUGGUUAUAAGUGCCCGUUGUAGUGUAGUUUGCUCUGUGUGUGUUUAUAUUCGACUCUGGGAAUCAUGAAAUGGCAGCACUGCUCGCUGCGUCCAUGAACUGAGUGUCAUAAAGUUCUCGGUCACGGCAUGUCCUCUCUGUGCUGGAUUUUUUGAUGGGGUUUUUAAGGUUAAAGAUGCCGCCGAAGUUUCAGCUCGUGGCUCUGUUGGCCUUCGCCAUUGUGAUGAUCUUUUUGGAAAACCAAAUUCAGAAGCUCGAGGAGUCGCGGGGGAAGCUGGAACGAGCCAUUGCAAGACAUGAGGUACGAGAGAUUGAGCAACGGCACAUUCAAGAGGGGGCGAAGGAGGCCCUGGUCAAGGAAGACGAUUUGGUGGUCAUCUACAACCGAGUGCCCAAAACAGCCAGUACCUCCUUCACCAACAUCGCCUAUGACCUGUGCAACAAGAACCACUACCAUGUGCUGCACAUCAAUACCACCAAAAACAAUCCCGUCAUGUCUCUUCAGGAUCAGGUACGGUUUGUAAAGAAUGUGACGUUAUGGAAGGAGAUGAAGCCUGCGUUCUACCAUGGACAUGUUUCCUUUCUGGACUUCACUAAAUUUGGAGUGAAGAAAAAGCCUGUUUACAUAAAUGUUAUCCGGGACCCUAUUGAGCGUUUGGUGUCUUACUACUAUUUCCUGCGCUUUGGUGAUGACUACAGACCAGGCCUGCGACGCAGAAAGCAAGGGGACAAAAAGACGUUUGAUGAUUGUGUAGCUGCUGGAGGAUCUGACUGUGCUCCAGAGAAACUGUGGCUUCAGAUUCCCUUCUUCUGUGGUCAUUACUUUGAGUGCUGGAGCAUUGGCAGUAAAUGGGCUUUGGAGCAAGCCAAAUACAACCUGGUGAAUGAAUAUAUGUUAGUUGGAGUGACAGAGGAGUUGGAAGACUUUGUUAUGAUGUUGGAGGCAGCUCUCCCUCGCUUUUUUAAGGGGGCCACAGAGCUCUAUCGGACAGGGAAGAAAUCGCACCUAAGGAAAACGAGCGAGAAGAAGCCGCCCACAAAAGAGUCUAUAGCCAGACUGCAGCAGUCAGACAUCUGGAAAAUGGAGAAUGAGUUUUAUGAGUUUGCACUAGAGCAGUUCCAGUACGUUCGGGCUCAUGCGGUGAGAGAAAAAGACGGAGAACUGUACCUACUGGCACAGAACUUUAUCUAUGAGAAAAUCUACCCAAAGACUACCUGAGACUCAGCGGUGCUCCAUAACAUUGUAUGCUGUGGUCGGAAACACUGGAGGGAGGACGCAAUACAUUCUGCCUGACUGCUCUCCAUCUGGAUGUGUGCAAACUAGUCUUGGGGCCAAAUAGCUGUCAAGAGCUUUAUCCCCCCAAUACAUAUCAUCUCAAAGAAGGCUUAAAAGCUCUCUAAUGAGCUUUACAAGUGACUGAGGUCUUGCUCGUGUCGUUACCAUCACCUUUCAGCCAUAGGGAUUUUAUACAGGUCCUGCCACAUUUCAGAACGUUUUGUUAUUGUACUUAUUUAAUGCAUUAAUGGUUAUUGUUUUGUUUUGUUUUUUUACUGAUUGAUGCUGUUUUGGGAGUUUUAACAUCUUAUUUUAAAGUGUAAAAAAAGAGUACAGAUGACUACUAAACAUUCUUGAAGCUCUUUAUCAAGCUGAAAAAAUAUAGUAAUUUUUCCAAUUUAGUAAAUAAAAUAAGGAAUGCUUUAUUUCUUUGACUUUCAAAAUGUUGAAAGUGUUGACAUAUGUCUUGUCCUUGAAAUACCAGAAUUUUGUAUUUGUAGAAAAAAUUAUACACAUUUGGUGUUUGCCAUUUUUAAAACAGAACCUUCUGCCUGGGGUGCAGUCCUGCAUUUUUUUUCAGCAAUUUUAGAUAUAUUUUUUAUCUACAAAAAUAUGUAAAUACUGGUCAUUACAGUUACAGUUGGACCAAAACAUUCAUAUAUGGGCGGAUAAAGAAUUGAAGAUAAAAUGUUUAUCUGCAUGUGGAUUUUUGUACUGUUACUGGUUCUUGUUAAACGGCAAUUCUUUUGUUUUAAUUUGCUUUUAUAUAUUUUAUGACUGAAUUAUGUUUUUUU